AUGUUCUCUCCUCCAUUGUCACCGAGAAAUCCUCAGCUCCUCGCAAGUUCAUGGCCGUCGUCUCCGGCGGUGCCGUCUCUCUCUUCUCUCCUCAGCUCCGUCAGGAAGCUCGCCGGCGAUGGCGAGAUUUCCGCCGCCUUCCUCGUCUACUCCUCCCUCCGCCGCCUCUCCCCGGCGGCCAUCGUCUUCCUACACCCCAUCUCCUCCCUCCUCGCCACCUCCACGAAGCUCAGAGCAGUCCCCCAGGGCCUGCAACUCCAUGCCCACCUCAUUUCCUUGGGUUUCCACCGCCGCCAACCUCUGGUCUCCAGGCUGGUCGCCUUCUACGCCGGCUGCGGCGAGCUAGACGAAGCUCAGGCCAUGGCCGAAAGCUCCACCUCCAUGGACUGCCUCCCCUGGAACAUCCUCAUCUCCGGCCAUGUCAGAGCCGGGUUUCCCCUGCGGGCGCUGCUGCUCUACCGAGCCGCAGCGGAGAAGGGCGUCGCCAUUGACGGCUUCACCUGCUCCUCCGUUCUCAAGGCCUGCGGCGACACCCUGGGCCUCCGCCAUGCCAGGAUGCUUCAAGCGAGGAUGGAGAAGACUGGGCUCGACGCCGGCGACCUCUUCCUGCGCAACGCUCUGGUCUCCGUCUACGCCAAAUGCGGCGACAUCGCCGCCGCCGAGAAGCUGUUCGGGGGAAUGCCGGAGAGAGACGUCGUCUCUUGGAACGCCAUGAUUUCAGGGUUCGUCUCCAUGGGAAUGUGGGAGGACGCUCGCAGGUUCCUGGAGAAGAUGAGGGGGGAGGUCGCCUUGAACACAGUCACCUGGAACACCAUCAUCGGGGGCAACCUGCAGAUGGGCAACCAUGGAGGAGCUCUGCAAUUGAUCUCCCAGAUGAAGAAGAUGGGGUCCCCCCCGGAUGCCGUCACCAUCGUCAUCGCCCUCAUCACCUGCUCAAAGCUCGGAUGCCUGAAACUGGGGAAGGAGAUUCACGGCUCGGCCGUCCGCAGCAUCUUCGACCACCAAGAACCAGUCACAAAUUCUCUGAUCACCAUGUAUUCCAGGUGCGAUCGGAUCCGCUCUGCGGAGAUCCUGUUCAAGAACUCCAAUAACAGAAGUUCGGUCGCCUGGAGCUGCAUAAUUGCAGGCAACGCCCGCACCGAUCGGCCGGGAGAGGCCUCGUCUCUGUUCCGGGCGAUGGCCCGAUCGGCAGGCGGGCCGACCCAGGCGGCGAUCAUGGCCCUUCUUCCCCUCUACGGCCGCAUAGGGGACAUCCGCCAUGGGAGGGAGCUCCACUGUUACAUCACAAAGCAGGCGUCUUGCAGCUGCCUCCCCCUGUGGAAUGCUCUGCUCUUCAUGUACUGCAAGUCCGGGAGGGUCUCGGAGGCGUGGAAGCUCUUCCAGUCAAUGGAGUCAAAGGACGAAGUCUCCUACACUUCAAUGAUCAGUGGCUUCGGGAGGCAGGGGGAGGGACUCAGGGCGCUGGCUCUCUUCAAGGCCAUGGCCCGCCGAGGGUUGACUCCCGACCACGUGGCGAUAUCUGCCGCCCUCUCGGCUUGCUGCCGGGUUGGGCUUUUGACCGAGGGUCAGUGGAUCUUUGACAACAUGACCAGGUUAUACUCUGUCGUCCCAAGGCAAGAGCACUACUCCUCCAUGAUCAACCUCUACGUCCGCUCGGGCUUUCUUGGUCCGCCAUGUAGGCAGCCGGGUUGA